AUGGAUCGGAGCGAGCCGCCGCCGCCGGAGGUGGCCGAGGGGGAGGAUUUCGGUUACCGGCUCUUCCCGGAGCGGCGCAGCGAGGCCAAGCCGCCGCGCAGCUUCCUGGCCACCAGCCUCUUCACCUUCAACCACAAGUGCCGGGUGAUGCUGAAGAUCGCCCUGGACACAAGUCCUUAUGCUCAACUUCUUCUUGAUGCUAUGAAGCAGUCUGGCUGCACUGUUUAUAAAGAUCGGCACUUUGCCUGUGAAGACUGUGAUGGGUGUGUCAGUGGAGGUUUUGAUGCUGCAACAUCACAGAUUGUUCUAUGCCAGAACAAUAUUCAUCAACAAUCCCAUAUGAACCGAGUAGUUACACAUGAACUGAUUCAUGCUUUUGAUCACUGUCGUGCACAUGUUGACUGGUUCAGCAAUGUCAAACAUUUAGCCUGUUCAGAGAUUCGAGCUGCUAAUCUCAGUGGAGACUGCUCACUCAUAAAUGAAAUGACAAGAUUUAAAUUUGGAUUAAAACAGCACCAUCAGACCUGUGUACGAGACCGAGCCAUUCGCUCCAUUUUGGCUGUUAGAAAAGUAAGCAAAGAAACAGCAGAAAAAGCUGUGGAUGGAGUUUUUGACUCCUGUUUUAAUGAUCAUGAACCAUUCGGAAGAGUCCCACACAGUAGAUCAGAUGCCAAGUAUGCUUACAGAAACUUUCAGAACCGGGAUCGAUAUUAUGCAAAUUUGUAAAGGUGACUGUUAAUCAUUAGCAGUGCUGUCACACUGAAAACUUAGGAAGGUGCUGGUGGAGAGAGGAAAUUCUGACAAGUAAACUACAAUUUUGUAUGGAAAGCUUACACAAAAGCCAAGUUCCACUGAUGAGUUAGAAAUAAUCUGAGUAAAUGAACAAGAGCUGUAAACCAUGUAUUUCUUCACCUGUUUUUCAGUGUUUCUUUUGACAUAUCAGAUGUUUAAUUGAAAUGUGUGGAUUAAUGUGUAAAUCUGCUCAGUCCAAUUAAGAAUUAUUUUCAAAAUGUCUUUUAUCUUUACUGAAUAAAGUGAUUUAAGAUGUUCAGAUUUUUACAAA